CCGGCGGCGGCUGCUCUCGCUGCGCCCGCUCCCGCGCGCUGUCCUCCCGCCGCGGGUGGGCUCCGCAGCCCCCUGCCGGCCGCGGCCCGUGCCCGGUGGCGGCUCUCCGCCUCCGCCUGCCCUCCGCAGGGGCGGCCCGGCCCGCGGGGCCCUAACCGGGGGCUCCCCGCUCCUGCCCGUGGCUCCGUUGCGGGGCUGGCUCCGGCACCCAACUUUGCCUUUCCCCGUCGGUCGCCCCCGCCGGGCGCGAACCUGCUCCCCCCCGGCCCGGCUGCGCGCCCGGGGACGGUGCGCCCGGCGCUCACAGCGACGUCCCCAGCCCGGAGCGCCGCGAGCGGUGGGCGGCCCCGGGGAAGUGGCAGGGGGCGGCGGCGGCCGCUGCCUCGACCUCCGUCGCCGGGCGCUGACGAGGACCCCCAGAGCUGCCCCGGAGCCCCCGGCGCUGGAUGACUGGCCCGAGGAGCGCGCCUCGCACCUGGGAAGCUGCGCUGGUUCUUCAUGGGGAGGAAGUUUCUGUACUGUUCAUCCUGAAAUGGACAACAUGACUCACUGCCAAAUGUGAAAAAAGAAGAUCUUUUUACUCCCCCGCAUGUGUAAACACUAAACACAGCAGUGUUUAUAGGAAGUGCCGGCAUGUGAGGUGGGCUCGAGUGCCCAGGUGCUGUGGAUCCGUAGUGUGAUACAUGAUCCAGGAAACGCUCCCCCCUUUCCCUCCUUGGCACUUUCCCCACAUGACAGGAAGAGGAGCUUCUGGUUAGAAGACAAGUGUCGGGAGUCCAAGGCUUUCUGCUCACCAUGAAGGGGACCUGCGUCAUUGCGUGGCUGUUCUCAAGCCUGGGGUGGUGGAGACUCGCCCAGCCAGAAACAGAUGCAUCCCAGUGCCAGAGAGCGGAGCACCCAGUCACUUCCUAUAAAGAAAUUGGCCCCUGGUUACGGGAGUUCAGAGCGAAGAAUGCUGUGGAUUUCUCGCAGUUAACAUUUGACCCAGGACAGAAAGAACUUGUUGUAGGAGCAAGAAACUACCUCUUCAGGUUACAGCUUGAGGAUUUGUCUCUGAUCCAGGCUGUGGAGUGGGAGUGUGAUGAAGCCACCAAGAAGGCCUGUUACAGUAAGGGUAAAUCCAAGGAGGAAUGUCAAAACUACAUCCGGGUGCUUUUGGUGAGUGGUGACCGGUUAUUUACCUGUGGGACCAAUGCUUUCACACCUGUCUGCACCAACCGCACGUUGAGUAACCUGACCAAGAUCCAUGAUCAGAUCAGUGGCAUGGCCCGCUGUCCCUACAGUCCCCAGCACAAUUCCACGGCUCUUCUCACAGCCAGCGGGGAACUGUAUGCUGCCACAGCCAUGGAUUUUCCGGGACGGGAUCCUGCCAUUUACCGGAGUCUGGGCAUCUUACCUCCUCUCCGCACGGCCCAGUACAACUCCAAGUGGCUCAAUGAACCAAACUUCGUGUCAUCAUACGACAUUGGAAAUUUCACCUACUUCUUUUUCCGAGAGAAUGCCGUGGAGCACGAUUGUGGGAAAACUGUGUUCUCCAGAGCUGCCCGGGUCUGUAAGAAUGACAUCGGGGGCCGGUUCCUGCUGGAGGACACCUGGACCACAUUCAUGAAGGCUCGCCUGAACUGCUCCCGGCCCGGGGAGGUCCCUUUUUACUACAACGAACUGCAGAGCACUUUCUUCCUGCCCGAGCUGGAUUUGAUCUAUGGCAUCUUUACCACCAAUGUGAACAGCAUCGCUGCCUCAGCCGUGUGUGUCUUCAACCUGAGUGCCAUCUCCCAGGCCUUCAACGGACCCUUCAAGUACCAGGAGAAUUCACGGUCUGCCUGGCUGCCAUAUCCCAACCCCAACCCCAACUUCCAGUGCGGCACGGUGGAGCAGGGCCUGCACAUGAACCUGACGGAGAGGAACCUGCAGGAUGCUCAGAAGUUCAUUCUGAUGCACGAGGUGGUGCAGCCGGUGUCCUCGGUCCCCUCCUUCAUGGAAGACAGCAGCCGCUUCUCCCACAUGGUCGUCGAUGUGGUGCAGGGUACAGACACGCUCAUCCACGUCAUCUAUCUGGCCACAGGUUAUGGCACCAUUAAAAAAGUGCGGGCGCCCCUGACUCCGGCUGCCAGCGGCUGUUUGCUAGAAGAGAUUGAGCUCUUCCCCGAGCAGCGGACAGAGCCCAUCAGGAGCCUGCAGAUCCUCCACAGCCAGAGCGCCCUGUUCGUGGGCUUGCAGGAGCAUGUGGCCAAGAUCCAGCUGAAGAGGUGCCAGUUCUAUCGCACCCGCAGCACCUGCAUUGGAGCCCAGGACCCUUACUGUGGCUGGGACAUGGUGAUGAAGAAAUGCACAAGUCUGGUGGACAGCCUGAACAUGACGCAGUGGGAGCAGAUCACCUCCACCUGUCCUAUAAGGAAUCUCACCGUGGAUGGGCACUUCGGCGCGUGGUCUCCGUGGACACCCUGCACGCACACCGAUGGCAGUGCCGGGGGGUCCUGCCUGUGUCGCACCCGCACCUGUGACAGCCCGGCCCCCCAGUGCGGCGGCUGGCAGUGUGAGGGCCCCCGCAUGGAGAUCGCCAACUGUUCAAGGAAUGGAGGCUGGACCCCGUGGACCUCGUGGUCUCCCUGCAGCACCACCUGUGGGAUCGGCUUCCAGGUGCGCCAGCGAUCCUGCAGCAACCCCACUCCGCGGCACGGGGGCCGGGUGUGCGUGGGCCAGAACCGCGAGGAGAGAUACUGCAAUGAGCAUUUGCUGUGCCCCCCGCAUAUGUUCUGGACGGGCUGGGGUCCUUGGGAACGGUGCACAGCCCAGUGUGGCGGUGGCAUUCAAGCUCGCCGCAGGACCUGUGAGAAUGGACCUGACUGCGCCGGCUGUAAUGUGGAGUACCAGCCUUGCAACACCAACCCAUGCCCCGAGCUGAAGAAGACCACGCCCUGGACGCCCUGGACACCCGUCAAUAUCUCAGACAACGGGGGGCACUAUGAGCAGCGAUUCCGCUACACAUGCAAAGCCCGCCUACCUGAUCCGAAUUUGCUGGAAGUGGGAAGGCAGAGAAUCGAGAUGCGGUACUGUUCCAGCGAUGGGACCAGCGGCUGCUCCACAGAUGGCCUUUCUGGUGAUUUCCUGCAUGCUGGGAGGUACUCCGCCCAUACCGUCAACGGUGCUUGGUCAGCCUGGACAUCGUGGUCACAGUGCAGCCGUGACUGCAGCAGGGGCAUCCGGAACCGGAAGCGUGUUUGCAACAACCCUGAGCCCAAGUAUGGAGGGAUGCCUUGCCUGGGCCCCUCCCUAGAAUACCAGGAAUGCAACAUUUUGCCCUGCCCAGUGGAUGGCAUGUGGUCUUGCUGGUCUCCCUGGUCAAAAUGCUCAGCGACAUGUGGCGGUGGACACUACAUGAGGACCCGCUCAUGCACAAACCCAGCCCCAGCCUACGGAGGAGACAUCUGCCUGGGGCUUCACACGGAGGAGGCACUCUGCAACACGGAGCCCUGCCCGGAGAGCUGGUCAGAGUGGUCAGACUGGUCUGAAUGUGCCGUGUCUGGGGUCCAGGUCCGUGCCCGCCAAUGCAUUCUUCUGUUCCCUGUGGGCAGUCAGUGUUCUGGAAACACCACAGAGAGCCGCCCUUGUGUUUUCGAUUCCAAUUUCGUCCCAGAAGUAUCUGUGGCGAGAUCCAGUAGUGUAGAAGAGAAAAGGUGUGGGGAGUUCAAUCUGUUCCACAUGCUUGCUGUGGGGCUGAGCAGCUCCAUUCUAGGCUGCCUCCUUACACUGCUUGUCUACACCUACUGCCAACGGUACCAGCAGCAGUCCCAUGAUGCCACCGUCAUCCACCCUGUUGCUCCUGCCCCUCUCAACACCAGCAUAACUAACCACAUCAACAAACUGGACAAGUAUGACUCGGUGGAAGCUAUCAAGGCAUUUAACAAAAACAACUUGAUCCUAGAGGAAAGAAACAAAUACUUCAACCCGCAUCUCAGUGGGAAGACCUAUUCUAACGCCUACUUUACAGAUCUCAAUAAUUACGAUGAGUACUAAUAGCUGUUAUAUUUUUGGCUCCUUGUAAUCCCCCACCUCCUCAAGCCCUGCUCCAUGACUACCCAUGUUUCCAAGGCUUCAGAGAUGAAGUUUGGAUACAUUUCAAGUGCAUUUCAAGCCACGAGUGUCCCAUUGCUGCCAAAAACAGACAUCUUUAAAAGCAACAAAAAUCUAAAUAUGAUGUCUUGAAAAUCUGGUCUAAAUGCUUGAUCAUUGUUGAAUGAGCCAUGGCGUGAAGUUUUGUUUUGUUUUGUUUUUAUUGUGUCCAGUCCAUUUUUCUAACAAGUCAGUUGUUUUCUUGAGCUUUUUAAUAUAUGUGCCACCCACAUGGGAAAGGAGUCUUUAGAAAUAGGAAUGUCUUCCUGCUUUUGAGCAUAAAUCUUCAUGAUGUUCUAAUUCAAGAAAACAGACACUUCAACUAAGAAUCUCCCUCCCUCCACAAGGAGUGUUAGGUCCAUAGUAUUUGAUAAAAUGAAGGAUAUGAAUGUGGCUGUAUAGUUAUUCACCAUGGAUCUCCCAUCUUCCCAACCUGGGUAAGUCCGUGGAAUCCUUGAAAGCAACUUGCGUGUUUGGACUUGGAAUGGUUCUCGCCUGAGCAAAGGCAGGAAAUCAUCCUGGCUUGUGUCUGCAGAGGUGAUGGUAUGAGGUGUGACACACUCUUGACCCCUGGUCUUGAUGCAGUUACUGUGUUAUCCCUGGUGGAGGUGAGCGUGAAGACCAGAGGCGCAGACAUAACGAAGGGUCCAGUGUUCUGCACGAUGCUGCAAGGCUAGCCGUAUUCUCACUUCUGGACUUCACAGCAUUCCAGGGAGCUCCUCGCCCUGUGGUAGGCCCGGAAACCCACCUGUCCGGUCCAUAGUAACAUCCUGAAGAGACAUCUAUAAAACCACUACUUAUUCACCAUUGGACAUAUGCCCUGUCUAAUGUCCCUGCAAGGAAAAAUCGUGAAGAUUCAUGACACCAAUGAGGAAAAGUAUUAAAUAUUAAAAAUACUUUGAAGUAUAAAAUGGAACCAACUUUUUUAUUUCCUAUGGUACAGAAAGGAUUGAAAGAAAUGACAUUUAAGGAAAGCAACUUUUUAUUUUCUAUCUCCCGAUAGAACUCAUGUAUAGCAGUCAGCCACUUCCCAGAGCAUUACUGAUGCGUAAGGCUGGCUUUCUGCAGCCCAUCGCUGUACAUAUUGAAGUGCUCCCCGAGUACCCAGCUGUCAUUUGCUGCCUCCAGGUCAGGCAAGGAGGAGACGUUUGGUUCUGGUGCCUUGUGUUUCUAUCUCAAUGCUGCCCUCCCCUCCACCCCUCCCUCUUCUCCUGCAUGGAGGCAAGAGCAUUUCAAGAUGUACCUGGAGAAAGCAGGGACGUAAGGUUUUCAGUGAUCCCUGUGGUUCUGAGCACUGACACUGCUAAGCAUUUCAGAGUGUUAUAAUACUAUUCAUAGAGGUCCCCACAAAGGAAAAACAGCAGGAUGAAUUACUCAUAAACAGCUGAUAAAUAAUACAUGGCAGCUGGUUGAAUAAUGUUUGAAAGUCAGAACCAGAUUGAAACUGUUCAUCGAUGCCCUUGGGCAUUGCAAUAAAGACCUGUGUGGAUGGUGAAACAUUCUUAUUGCACAGUGAACCUUCAGAUUUGUGGAAAUACACAGCACGGGCAUUGAGGAACGCAGACUUAUCAGCACACGUGUUUGUGGCCUAUCCAAUGUAAAGAAACAAUUUCAGAAAGUGUUGGGGGAAAAAAAUCCCAUGUUGAGUCAUGAGUAUUGCUGUAUUGAAAGUGUUCUCAUGCACCCAAAUUUUCAGAAGCGACUCUACAAAAAGUCAAGCUUAAAUGGCAGUUGGUCUCCAGGAGGUCUGAUAGAUUGCAACUGAAUGGUGUUCUGGGUGUUUCCAGCAGGGAGUUCAUGUUGCCUCUCUCCUGCGUGGCUGGUCUGCUGUGGGGGUACUGCUUGGUCUGGACACACACAGCUGAAGUCUGGACUCAGGAGAUGAAAUUCAGCCAGAUGGUUUCCUCAUUGUCCCCCAGCUGGAUUUGCACUGGAUGCUUCAACUAGUGUCAUCACCUUCGUUUAAGAAAAAUGUCCCUACCACAAAGCACAUCACAGUUGUUUUUGGAUCCCUCUCUACAGUGUUUUCUAAGCUUAAACGGUCAUUUUAUUUCCCUUAGGAAAGAGAAUACUAAUAUUUUGAGAAAGCAUCCCUGGACCUGAUUAGAAAUGUUUUCUAAAUGCUAUCCACGCUGGACCUCAGUCGGUGCCCUGUGGUGACUGGGGACAGUGCCCAUCCUCCCCACAGAGUCACAUACUCCAGGAACUUAGCACGGCAAAGAAAUGCUCUCAUUUUUGUUCCCUGCCUCUCUACUCAGAGGAUAAUUGCACUGGCUUCUCUUUCUGUCUGUAUGUCUCUCUCACAUUCUCAUUUCACAGAAUUUCAAUUUGUUUAGAGUAAUUUUAACUAUAUUCUAACGAGCUAUGGAGUAACUUUUGCUUUUCCAUCAUUGUGUGGCUAUUGCUCAUGGGCGUGCCUCCCCUCCAUGCCUCUGGUUGUUUCUUGAGCCCCAGGUGGGCUUUCGCAGGGGUGCCUACCACCUCGCUGGCAUCUCCUCCCGAAAGUAGCUCCCUGGAGGCUGCGGGCUUUGCUAUUUCUCUGGGUCAGAUUUUAAAUUUCUAAAUGACUUAUUCUGUCUAUUUUUUUCUUACUUCCUUCCUUCCUUCCUUCCUUCCUUCCUUCCUUCCUUCCCUCCUUCCCUCCUUCCCUCUCUCCUUCCUUCCCUCCUUCCCUCCUUCCUUCCUUCUCUCCUUCCUUCCCUCCUUCCUUCCUUCCUCCCUCCUCCCUAGUACAAGCAGCACCCUCUCUGAACCUAACAUCAAAUGACAAUAGUCACGGUUUAAUCUGGAGGGCUGUUUCUGGAUAGGGUGGCAGCUGGCCCGGUUUUCCCGAGGAACCUGGCUCUGGGCUCACACUCACACUCUGGGAGGGAGUCCCAGGGGCAGGGCUGCUCAGGGUCCCGUCCACCCCCCCCCCCAGUCCCCAAGGAGCGCUGUGGGCCAGCGGCCGGAGGAGCCCGGCUGUCACCCUGAGGACGGGGCUGGGACUCGGGACGAGCUGGGCCCCCGCGAAGCCUCGCGAAGCCCCGCGCCCACCGGACCCUGCGCUUCCCGCGCGCAGGCCCAGCUCGCCCGGCCCGGGAAGGGGCGCCCCGGGGCUCGGGGGCUCGGGGGCGGGGGACCCGGGUCCGGGCCCAGGGACUCGCCCAGGGACUCGCCGAGUGAUGCCAAGGAGAGGAGAAGCGACGGUGGGAAGAGGGGGCUGGGAACGUGGGGACCCGGCGGCUCCCAGCUGAGCGUGGGGCGGGUCCCGGGGGGCGGGGGACGGGACCGUCCGGGACCCACCGUCCAAGGGCAGGAGGUGGCCCGGCGGUGGCCUUACAGCUCUGCAGGUGGGUGAGAGCCGUGGGACUCCGAGCCCAGCGUGGGUGCGUCCCCCGGAGGCCUGCGGAGAACUCGUGGUCGGACCCGCUUCCAAUGAGGGACAGAGGCCCAGGGGGGGUCCCGUGUCCCCGGGCUGCCUGCGGGACUCCUGCGUGUGAGCAGGGCUCGGGGAGGUGUAAGUGUAUCAGGUCAGCACUCAGCUGAUCGCUGCAUAAACUCCCCCUUAAUGCGCACUGAAGAUACAGUCUUGAUAGUGUCGGAAUUCACAAAUAGCUUUAUGCUUCUUUAUGAUAUUUACUUAUUUCCAGAGUAAAUCAUGAACAUGUCCCCAGCACUGUGAAACCACCUUCGGCAGGAUGUCCUUUACACUCCGUUGGGGUUUUCUGGUGUGUAGCAAAUGGGGCAGCUCCAUUGCAUUUAGCAUUUCUGCCUCACAGGAUGGCUCUGGGGCACCCAUCCAGGGAGGAGAGGUACCAGUGGCGGGUACAGGGAAUGCUUCUGCCUUAAAGCAGCCAUUCUCCACAGAGCAGGACUGUCCGACUGUCCCUAAGCCUCCAACAAUCCAUGUUUGUGAAGGUGGGAAUUAGAAUGGAAACCAUAAAUCAACUCAUGCAAACUCUCUGCUAUUCUUUUUAAGAUGAUACAAAGUGGAAUUCACAGAUUGCGUUGCCAUGCCCAAUACAUCCCUACUACUGCUUCCAUUAUGUCACAGCAACUCUUGUCACGUGGUGAUCAUAUGUUGACACACCAUUGCAAAUUUGAGUACCUAGGAUGAUCUGUUAUCAGAAAACAGAAAGCCAUUCUGAACACCUUGCUUCUCUGGACGAUGGGUAUGAAAUGGGAGAAGAUAAAGUUACAGUCACUUUGACCAGAGAAAUGCACAAAAAAGAAUGCCAGUUAUUGCACAGCACGUCGCCAUGUAAGAUAAAAGAUUUGGAAACCAGAAACCAUUGUGGAAUUUAUCUCUGCUGUUCUUCCCUACUGAGGUCAUUAAUAAUAAUUGAUUUAAAGGCUCUUUGUAAUUCUACAUAUACUGACAAAGUAUUCAUUUUAUCUGUUUUGCUAACCUGGUAAAACACAGGGAAAUAAGUUGCUAGAAUCCUUGCUUUUCCCUUCAGAAACUGAAAAAUAAUUAACAAGAUGCAAUGUUGGAUUAUUGGCAGGGAUUUCUAUGAUGACUAUUCUAUAUUCCUUUUUUUAUGGACUUAUAUUAAAGAUGUGUUAUACCUAUUUUGAGGAACAGAUGGAUCAAGGUUUUUUCAUCUAUCAUAUGUCACAUUAUCAAAAUAUUGGUACAUUUUACAAAAGCAUCAGGAAGGGAGAUUGUUCUCUCUUGAAAACAUAGCUUACACUGCACAGGAGACUUAGAGCAUCGUCAAAACUGAAUGCAGAGCCUGACCCAGUGUGUAUAGUUCCUAGUGUAAGCUGCCUUAUAGUAUUUGCAAAAGAUCAUACUGGUUCUGCCAUUGAAAGCAAUCAAGCUGAUUACCCAUGACCAGAGUCAGAAUUGAUUUUUGUUCAGGCAAACAGGUUUUAUUGUAUUGACAUGAGGAGGGUAAAUAGCUAAGGAUAUUUUUAAAACCUGGAAGGAACAGAGUAGAGAUGGAAAAUUACGCUGUGGCACUUCUUAAACCAAAUUUUGGACAGGCAAUACCAUCCACUCCGUCUCUUUAUAUUGAGUAAGAUGUCUGAGCCCAGCAGUUGGAACAUGAUCCUGUUCUUUUUCAGCUUCAUGGCACCUUAAUGCCAAAUAGUCCAAAUGGAGGGUGAAUGGUAGUUCAAAAGGUAGUUCAGACUGGUUCAAAUGUGCGAUAAAUAUAAGCUGGGAGCAAAAUCUGGAUUCUGAAAAAGCCAAACUGUACUAUCAUGUUGCUAAGAAGAGAGCAUUGUUAGCCGUCCUCUGCUAGUGCACAGUUUCAUUUCCUAUAAAAAGUUGCCAGUGCCUUGUUUAAGAUGGUGAUUUAUCAUCUCCUCUGGAUAUUAGUGGUUCCAGUGCGAAGCAGAGGAUUGAUUGGCUACACUUUGAAGAAAAUCAUUCUUCUAUGUCUCUUUGAACUCAGGAAUAGAAAACGGCCAAGGAACACAUCACAGAUGUGGUGUCUGCCCCCUACCAGGGAGGGCGUGUGGCAUCAGAACAGGUGCAGACAGGUGUUCAGAAUUCGGGUUAUUGCCUUCCAGAAAGUGACAUCACUUUACUUUUACAUCGUCCACAAAACACCUUAGUAACAGUGUUAGUCUGUCACGGGAUGAUGCCCUGCCUCUAGAAGGUAGAGUUUUUGUUACUGUCCUUCAGGCAAGUUGAGAGAUUCAGGAAAAUCAGGCUGCUGACAGCUGAAUGCAGAUACAGAAUGGAAUGAGAACCACCUAGAACUUUGUGGGCUUUUUGUUUUUGUUUUUGAGUCAAUGUCAAAAUUGUUUCACAACUACACAAAAUUGUCAAACUUAAUUUAGGUUAAGAAAGUUAACAGUAUUUUCUCCACUAAGGGUGUUUUUUCGUAUAGCAUGACUGUUGGCCAAAAUCAAAGUUGAACUUCUGUACUUUGAAAGAAAGCACAGGAUGAAGCUUCAAUGUGAGCAUCUGCAUUCCCCGCUGAAACUCUAUACCAUCUGCAAAGAAAAUGCACUAACUUGGUCCAUUGUAGGAUUCUUCAAAAGUGGGUAACAAAGCUUGUGUGCUGCACCCCUUGACGUGACUUUGGAAAAUCUUAUAAAAUGUUAAAUGCUUCUUUCUGUGUUAAUUUGCUGUUGCUGUUUUGUGACACAAAAUAAACUUAUUUGGGAUUGUUUCAUUUUUUCACUGAACCUUCUCCAAAGCCAACUUCAGCCCUUAGUAAACCUGCAGCAAGUUACUGACCUUAAAAUUAAUUAUUAAAAGACAGUAUGUAUUAAUCAUAGUGGGGCUUCUUAGAUGAGGUAGCAUUGCCUUUCCCUUCCUUGAAUGAGGAAAUGGAGUGCCAGUUGCCCUAUUGGAAUCCUCAUGGAUUGCCAGAACUUACUUCACUGGGCCAUUGGGUGCACUCUUUUUCAGUCCUUAAAUUUGGUUUCAAGGUUUCACUUGAAACCUUGUUGUUAGAAAUGUGUAAUGCGACUUUCCGGUAGUCUUCCCUUUUAUGCUUUCUGUUCAUCAAUUCAUUGGUCUUAAAUGCUCACUUGAGAGCUGUCCAGGUCUAUACCCAAGAAUAUUGUUUAACGACACCUGACAGAUCCAUUGCUUUGAAAAAUUAGUUUGAGAUACCAACUGUGGCAUCCCAGGCAGGGAGCUCAUGAGCUGCUGCAUUGGAUCAAUUAUGGAAAUUUGAGAAGAGGAAGGUCAAGGGUUACCUGCCGAUCAGCAGAAACCAACUCACACCUGCUGCAUGUCCCAACUCCGAGAAGAGCAAACAUAUUUGUAAGAUAAAAUGAGCUGUUAUUACGGAAGGGGAAAUGCCAUGCUCACUCACUGCUCUUGGUGAAUUGCCAGCUUCUAUAACCCAGACCAAUUAAUCUUUAUUUUUAAACAAUAAAUUCAUGAAGAAUGAUCCUGAGUUCCAUUAAGAGCGCGAUCUCCCUCCAUAGCAUCCCCUCUGCACCAUCUCUAUCUGCCAACAUUUUUUGGGACAAAAUAAGAGAAUCCUGAUUAUGUACAGUAUAAAUUGUAUUAUAUUUUUUGUACUUAUGUUUUAUGUAAAUAGUUUGUCUCAUUUGAUUGUAUGUGAGCAUUGAAAUAAAUCCUACCAUUUAGGAAACAA